AUGCUUCCAAAGCUACACAUAUAUUUCGAAAAUCACACUUCUUCUCAAUUGAACUCUUCCUUCAUUGACUUCUACAUUAUCAGUGAGCAAGCCGCUGGUCACUACUCUCAAGGAUUCGACCCACAUGAGCUCAAGCAGAUAAUUGGGCCAUUUCUGUCAUCACCUCUUAGCCUAGUACCAAAACCGCAUUCGAACAAGUUCUGUCUUGUGCAAGACUUGUCAUACCUCUCAAUCAAUACAUCAAUAAUAUCUGACAAUGCCAGUGUGACAAUAUAG